ACCACCGUCAAUGGAUACCAUACUCCGUUAUGGCUUCACUGGACUUCUGAGCCAACAAUAAUGUCGUUUUACUACUUUUUGUUAAAGUGGGGUAAAACUAUUCAUCAUAAAUCCGGCACCGGAAUAUGGUUGAAGUGGAAUCUGUCUUGAGACGGACAGGGAAAGCAUUGAACCCGGGGCACCGCAUCCGUGAUCAGACAGCAAAAGAUCUGUGCGACAUUUGUACUUAGCAGCAGAGACAAGGGGGUUUAGGCUCAAGGUCAUGUGGGAGUAACUUCAGGCGCUUAGAUUAGUUUAAAAAAGAGGAGUUGAUCUAUGGGUGCUCAAGGGGCCAGUUUCCGAAAACUUAGCAUAUUGCCAAUGCUGUUGUUGUUAGUGGCUCAGAUUCUCUUGUCUUUCUUGGUCAGGGGCUGACUCUGCCUCCUGUUCAAUGUGUUUCUGAUUCUGAGCUAAGACCCAUUUCAGUGUAUUUUGGUUUUCAAUGUGGAUGCUGUGGAUCAAGAUCUACUGUUCUGUGCUGCACCCACUUUUGCAGUUGAUAUGAUGGUGUAGUUUGGAGGAUGCUAGUGCUGGUGGGGUAGAAGGAAUGAGCAAGUGAGAAUGCAGUGAGAUUAUUGAUAAUGGGGAACUGUGGAACUAGAGAGGAGUCUGCUGCAGUCACCAGUGCUGUUGUUGUUUCCACACUCAGAGCAGAUGCAGUGAAAACACACCAAGUACCACUAGCACAACAUCUACAGCAGCCACAGGAACAAAAGAAAGAGCAGGAUCAACCAUCUCCUCACGCACUAAUACGAAAGACUACCUCUGUUAGGAGACAUUCUUUGUCUUCUUUAUCAGAUUUGAGCAACCCGUCAACUCCCAAAGGCGUUGAAGAUCUGAGACAGAACUCUGGAUCCAAUUUACUGGUUUUCACUUUGUAUGAACUGGAGACAAUUACCAAAAGUUUCCGGAAAGAUUAUGUGUUGGGGGAAGGAGGAUUUGGUACGGUGUAUAAAGGGUAUAUAGAUGAGAGUGUAAGAAGAGGUCUUAAGUCUACACCUGUUGCAGUUAAGGUCCUCAAUAAAAACGGUCUUCAAGGGCAUAGGGAAUGGCUAGCAGAAGUUAUCUUUCUGGGGCAGCUGAGGCAUCCCCAUUUGGUUAAACUGAUAGGUUACUGCUGUGAAGAUGACCAUAGAUUGCUGGUUUAUGAGUUUAUGUUUCGAGGCAGUCUGGAGAAUCAUCUAUUUCGAAAGGUAUCUGUUCCCUUGCCUUGGUCUACAAGAAUGAUGAUUGCACUUGGAGCUGCUAAGGGACUUGCAUUUCUUCAUGGAGCAGAAAAGCCAGUCAUUUAUCGAGAUUUCAAGACAUCCAACAUUUUAUUGGACUCGGAUUAUACAGCUAAGCUAUCUGAUUUUGGACUUGCAAAAGAUGGUCCUCAGGGAGAUGAAACCCAUGUCUCCACUCGUGUUAUGGGUACAUAUGGUUAUGCUGCUCCUGAAUAUGUUAUGACUGGUCACUUGACUGCUAGAAGUGAUGUCUACAGCUUUGGUGUUGUGUUACUUGAGCUGCUUACUGGGAGACGGUCUGUGGAUAAGACUAAGUCCACCAGGGAACAUAAUUUGGUAGAGUGGGCUCGACCACUUCUAAAUGAUAAGCGAAAGCUGCUGCAAAUUAUUGAUCCAAGGCUUGAAGGACAGUAUUCUAUGAAAGGUGCCCAGAAAGCUUGUAGCUUGGCUUAUCACUGCCUCAGUCAAAAUCCCAAAGCAAGGCCUCUGAUGAGUGAUGUUGUGGAGACAUUGGAACCUCUGCAAAAUAGGAAGGAGACAAUAAGUGCUUCUUUCACAUAUACUUUAAACAGUGGGGUAGCAGCAUAUCAGAUUCAUAGUAGUGGUAAUGGUUGCCAUACCUAUCAGGAUUCUUCUCCUACAGAUAGAAAUGGCCCUACAGUCUGCAGGGUUAGGUAAUACUCAGUCCAGUUUGUAUAAUUUGAGAGCAUCCAAGAAGACAAGUGUCAAGUUUCCUGGACUCCAAACAAUUACUCAUGUAUCCUGUCUUAGUUCUCCUAAUAAGAAAAUGAUUUCUAACAGUCCUCACUUGCAUCUCUUCAAAUUGCCAAAAGCGGUUUGAAAAGAUCAGAAAGAUGUAUGUAAUGUUUUCCUGCCAAAAUAAGCGAUCCAGUCUCACCUUAUGCUUAA